AAGAGCAGGUGCUGCUGGGGAUGCAGAGCGCUAGAAUGAUGGCGAGGGAUAAGAAGGUCUCAGUGCAGCGAUGGCUGAUUGUCCCCAGUUUGCUCAUCUUGUCGCUCUGCCUGCAGUCUGGCGGGGGUCAGAAGAAGAAAGAGAAUCUUUUAAGUGAAAAAGUUGAGCAGAUGAUGGAAUGGAGUUCUCGCCGCUCAGUCAUCCGCAUGAAUGGAGACAAAUUCAGGAGAUUUGUGAAAGCACCGCCCCGUAAUUACUCUGUGAUAGUAAUGUUCACUGCUCUUCAGCCUCAGAGACAAUGCUCUGUGUGCAGGCAAGCUAAUGAAGAAUAUCAAGUGCUUGCAAAUUCAUGGCGAUAUUCUUCAGCAUUUUCAAACAAGCUUUUUUUUACGAUAGUGGAUUAUGAUGAAGGCGCUGAUGUUUUUCAACAGCUAAAUAUGAACUCAGCCCCAACAUUCAUGCAUUUCCCUGCUAAAGGCAAGCCAAAAAGGGCUGACACUUUUGACCUACAACGAAUCGGUUUUGCAGCGGAACAGCUAGCAAAGUGGAUUGCUGACCGAACAGAUGUUCAUAUUCGUGUAUUUAGACCUCCUAACUACUCUGGCACAAUUGCCCUAGCCUUAUUAGUUUCUCUGGUUGGUGGGCUGCUUUACCUGAGACGGAAUAACCUAGAAUUUAUUUACAACAAAACAGGCUGGGCCAUGGCAGCUCUGUGUGUUGUCUUUGCUAUGACGUCGGGGCAAAUGUGGAAUCAUAUCCGUGGUCCUCCUUAUGCUCAUAAAAAUCCUCAGAAUGGCCAAGUGAGUUACAUCCAUGGAAGCAGCCAAGCCCAAUUUGUUGCAGAAUCGCACAUUAUUCUUUUGCUUAAUGCGGCAAUUACCAUGGGAAUGGUUCUCCUUAAUGAGGCUGCAACAUCAAAGGGAGAUGUUGGAAAGAGAAGAAUAAUUUGUCUAGUCGGCCUUGGACUUGUAGUGUUCUUCUUCAGCUUUCUUCUGUCAAUCUUUCGAUCCAAAUACCAUGGAUAUCCAUACAGUUUCUUAAUUAAAUAAAGUAUAUGAAGAUUCCCAAGAUGUCAGUGUGUGCACGGAAGAUAAAGUAUUCCAGCCGGUAUCAGUAAAGCGCUUUUUAUUUCCAUUCCGUUUACUGUCUUGCUGAUUGGACAUAUUUGCUUGUUGUGUGUCUGCUGGUGCUCUUUUAUGGUGUAUUCAGAAAAAGAUGUAAUUUUUAAUGUGUAUCAAACACUUUGUUAUUUAUACAAUUUGCUCUUUCGCCAUAAGAAAAAGAAAUUGCACUUGGAAUUAAAGAUCUCCUUACAAAACUAA